UUUUGUUUUGUUGUCGAAGUAAAUGAAGUUUUUGCUGCAAAUUAUCUAAAAGUACGACGAUUUUUCUAUUAAAAAAUAACUUGUAGUUAAAAGUCCGAAACAAUGUCUAGUAGUGAGACUGAAAAUACUGAUAGAGAUGAAAAUAAACCAUCCAAGUCAAUAAAACUUAAUAUUAAAAACAUUCAAGAAGUCAAAGAAAUGCGGACUGAAAAUCUUCAUGAAUACAUAGACGAGCUUCAUGCCCUGGUAAAAAAACAAGACAAAAAGCUAAAAAAGUACAAAAAUAAAAUCAAUAAAUUGAUUAAAGAAAUCGACAAAUUAAAGGGAUCUCGAAAAGAUGAAAAUUUAUCAUCCGAUUCACAAAGUACUGCUGUUUCUGUAAAUAAAUCGAAAAGUUUACCGGUAGACAUAAAUAAGGAUAAUGAGUCGAAAGAAGAUGAAAGCGUUUCUGCUAAAGAUGCAUUCAGUUUUGUCGACGAAAUGAGACAAGCUGCUCAACAGGCGCAGAAUAUCAGCAAUUUUAUUUAUGAACCAACAUCUGGUCUAUAUUACGAUCAGAAAUCUGGUUACUAUUAUAAUGCGGAGUAUGGCCUUUAUUACGAUGGCAAUACUGGUUGUUAUUACAGUUAUAAUCAGGAAAAGAAUUGCUAUGAAUUCCAUUCACAAGUUCAAGUACAACCUACAGCUUCAGCGAAAAAGGAUUGCAACGUUGAUGACAACAUGUUUGAGAAUUACGAGGACGAACAUAUUGAUGCGGAUGAUGUUGACGAAGUUGUUUUCGAUGAAUUUGGUGUUGUGACGGAUCGCGAAAAACUAAAGAGGCUGCGCGAAGAAAAAGAACAACAAAAGCAGGAAAAGGAUCGUAAAUAUAAAAAGAAAUCAUCGAAGAGCAAGGAUAAAGACAAGGGACGUAAACACAAGAAAUCUUCACAUAAAAAACGCAAACGUUCUAAGAAACAUACCACAUCUAGUGGCGCUGAUUCUGGUAGUGAAGAUACCGAUCGAGAGAAACGUACAUCUCGAGUAGAUUUUGAAGAUGGAGAACUUUCCACUUCUAGUUCGAGUAGCAGCUGUGAUAGUAAAAGCGAUUCCGAAGAUGAAAAACGUAAAGUGCCCAUAUUUAAGAGCAGUGGAAGAUUCCAAGAUAUUGCCAAAAAGUAUCCCCCUUCCCUUCGAAUCGUUGUACAAGAAACUAAUUUGGAUGACCUAAAAGUCGGAAAUCUUAGUUUGAUUACUUAUAAGGGUGGAAGUCUAGGACGUGAAGGCAAUCACGAUGUAAUAAUACCAGAUGUCAAUGUUUCAAAGUUUCAUUUAAAAUUUACCUAUGACACAAAACAAUCAACUUAUAAAUGUGUCGAUUUGGGAUCCAGGAAUGGUACCAUUCUAAAUGGUACACGUAUGUCGGCCUCUAAAACAGAAAGCGAAUCAUAUGACUUGGUCCACGGCAGUGUCAUACAAAUUGCUCAAACAAAACUCCUAUGUCACAUACACGAAGGCAAUAGUACUUGUGGUUUGUGUGAACCGGGUCUCUUAAUAGAACCGCAACAACGAGAUGUUUCAUCUGUAUCGACUGUGGUACUUUCUCAUAAAGAACAGUUGAAGAAAAUCCAAAAGAAAUAUGGAUUAGAAAAUGAAAAGUUUGUUGACUCAAAACAAAACUCUACAGGUGGAAAUGCGGGAGCUGGAAAUAGUGCUGGCAGCAGCUCUAAGAAUAGCAAAAACAGUUACCAAGAUCGUGCUGCUUCUAGACGUUUAAAAGUCGGCAGUAGUACAGAUAAAGAGAAAACACAAACAGCUUCUGUUGAUACUGCAAUUUCAAGUGAUAAUAAAGGGUUUAGAAUGCUUUCUAAAUUGGGUUGGAAUAAAGGUGAAGCUUUGGGUAAAACCCAGGAGAGUGGAGGUCUUUUAGAACCGAUUAAUGUUGAGUCAAAUUCUGGUCAUAAGGGUCUCGGUUGCGAUGACCCCACUGCCGGUCUGACGUUAACUGUUUCGGACAAAAAGAAAAUAGAAAAUAUGAAAAAGACCAAGGAGCGCUAUGAAAAAGCGGAUAUUUUUAGUAAUAUUUAUGACAGCAGUUAAAUAGGAAGAAUUUUAUUUAAAUACAUAUGUAAAAAUAAAACGUUUUAUUUGUACCUUAAA